AUGGGACAUCAAUAUUUCAAUGUGCCGAUCUUCUUCAUCGUCUUCCGUGAGACGAUCGAAGCAGCCAUCAUCGUCUCUGUCCUGCUUUCCUUUGUCGAGCAAUUGAUGUUGACCGGGAAGCUCGGAUCAAGUGAAACUUCCAUCGACAACACCGAUAAUUCCCAGGGACAGGAGCAAGAAAAUGCUCACAGUGGAGAUGAUCAUCUGGAAAGACGGAGAAAGUUGAUCAGAAGGAUGAGAAUCCAAAUUUGGGCAGGUACAAUCGCCGGAUUCUUCUUGGCUUUGGCUAUCGGUGCUGCUUUCAUUGCUGUUUUCUACACCAAGCUAGACGACUUGUGGGCUAAAACGGAACAAAUUUGGGAAGGUAUCUUCUCUAUAAUUGCGGCCAUAAUCAUCUACAUUAUGGGAAUUGCUUUCCUAAAAAUGGACAAAUCAAGGAUCAAGUGGAGACUCAAAUUGGCGAAAGCUUUCGACGCUUCCCAGAGCAAAGUACUGGCAUCCGAGAAGGAAUCCGAGCUGGAUAGGAGGGAAGCGAGAAGUGGGAAAUGGGCAUUGUUCAUCUUGCCAUUCAUUACUGUCCUGAGAGAGGGUUUAGAAGCGGUUGUAUUCGUUGGAGGGGUGUCCCUCAACAUUGAGGCGGUUUCAAUUCCAAUUGCUGUGAUUGUCGGGAUCAUCGCUGGUUUGGUUUUUGGUUACGCGAUUUACCGAACCGGUUCGACCGCUACUUUACACUGGUUCCUCGUCGGAUCGACCUCCUUCCUAUUCCUCAUCGGUGCAGGUCUCUUUUCAAAAGGAAUUGGAUACUUCCAAUACUACCGAUUCGCUCAAGGUGUCGGAGGUGAUGUCGCCGAGACAGGAGAUGGACCAGGUAGUUUCCAGGUCGCCGGAAAUGUAUGGCAUUUGACAUAUGGUAAUCCCGAGACUGGUUCACCUACUACAAAUGGAGGUUGGCAAAUCUUCAAUGCCAUUUUCGGAUGGAACAACACAGCUACACUCGGCUCAAUCCUCGGAUACGUCUUCUACUGGAUUCUCAUCAUGGUCACCUUGGUCUACCUCAGGUGGCAAGAGGGUCGAUUUACCUUCGUUUACCCUUCGUACCAAGGGGGCUCACUGGUUUGGCAGAGGAAGGAGUCCGAGGCGCUUCAACGAAGAAAGGCAGGAAAAGGUAUAGGAAGACGGGUUUCACAUGGGUCUGGAUCGGGAUCGGACGAUAAACAUACCAAGACUGAACCAGAGACCCCAGGAUUGAAUGUCCCAACGUUGGGAGCCAGCGGUAGUGCACAAUAG